AUCAGCUGUUCGCCUAGAGCGCCCAUCAGCUGUUCCCCUCCGCCGGCAGCGGUUCGCCGAGAGCGCCCAUCAGCUGUUCCCCUCCGCCGGCGUCAGAGUCCCUACAGGGCAUCCAGCUUGCAGCCGCAUCUACCGUAGAGCCACGCCAGGGUCCCAGGCUCCGGCAGCAUCGGGAAGCCCUGCAGCCGACUCUAGCUUCCCUGCGCUGGGCGGGAGCUCGCGCUCUGUUGGUUUUGUCUUCUGCCGCUUUAGGUCGCAUCGCGAGCUGAAUUAGAGGCGGCUGCCUCCCCGCAAGGCUUUUCCAGCAGGGUUUGGUGUUAGUCAGCUGCUCUUCACUGUUGCCAGCUCGUCUUCUUCUGCGGCCAGGUUUUCACCGGCCAGGAUUUGCGCCAGGCAGGAGCGCUCUUGGCCAGAGGCAAGGAGGCUUCUCUGCCUGUUGGUUCGGGUUGCAGAGUCGAGGCGGCUGCCUCCUCUCCCCUUUCGCGUGUGUGGCCGUUCAUUGACGCAGACGCAGCCGCGGACCCGGGUGAGUGAUUCUGAUCUCCCUCCCCCUUUUGCUUUGGGCAUUUUAUCCCCUAGCUUCAAAAAAAAAAAAAAACCCUUUCUACGGCCCUAUCGCACGGCUUAUCGUCGCACCCUUCCUUCCCCUUUCGAAUAAGUACCUAAUUCCCUAACUGGGUGGUUGUACCCACGUGGGUUUGGCGGCCAUAUUGGUGGGGUUCUCUUGCCCCCAAAGUGAGAGGGAGCCAUUUUGAGUGUGGCCACGUGAGGCUGCUGACGGUAGCCAUUUUGGGUGGGGCUCUUUGUUGUACAAGUUCGGCAGCCAUUUUGUGUGUGGCCACGUGCUCUGACGGUCGCCAUUUUGAGGGGUCCCUUCCUUGUACAAGCCCGGCAGCCAUUUUGAGUGCUGGCGGUCGCCAUUUUGGGUGGGUCUCUUUGUCUGUUCAAUUUCUGCGGCCAUUUUAAGUGUGGCCACGUGCUCUGACAGUCGCCAUUUUGAGGGGUCCCUUCUUGGUACAAGCCCGGCAGCCAUUUUGAGUGUGGCUCCAGGGUCUCUUGCUUUGGCAGCAAGCCUCACGUUAGCCAGUUAUGGUACAUUGCUUGGCUGUUAUCGCAUUUAAUUGAUCUGGGUUGCCCCAGCGGUGAUUUUCUCCAUAUUUUCAAGUUAUCGGUUUGCCUUUGUGGGUCUUUUACGCUAGUUUGCUUACUUCAGGGGAAGAGCUUGUACGCUUAUUUCCGGCGCUUAUUUUAGAUCACUGGUUAACCGCGCUUGUCCCUGCUAAUUGAGUGAGCCCUGCUAAUUGAAUUACUUUAGGAAUUGGUUGAUUUAAAUUGAUCCGCGGGUUAACCGGUCCUUUCUUAUGGUGGCAUCCAGUGCUUAAAUUUGUUUUAUGGAUUUUACCUUGCUUGUCCCUACUGUUAGAUUGAGCCCUGCUUGCUGAAUUAAUUAAACAAUUGAUUGUUUUGAGCCGAUCCGCGUGUGUUCCUGCGCACGUGCUUUGGUUAUAUGCAAGUUGAUUUUACCGUAGCAUUUGGGGGUUGAGUGGCACGGUGUCCUUGGGGUGCAAAGCACGAUUUAGUGUGUGGGGUCACAGCUAAUAAUAAGUCGGUACGUGACCGUUGGUCAGGAUAUUAAUUGUAAACAAUAGAUAUCUGACCACCCCCCCACUUGAUAAACAGUGGUGGUAUUUGGGACAAAUUGAGGUGGUUUAUUGGGGGGUUUUCUUUUAACAAUAGUCCAACAAUUUUUUCUGACCAUGGCACCCAAGGGCAAGCAGGGCUCGGCUAAAAGCCUGGCAGCUAAAGUGAAUCCCAAGGCAUUCGCACAGGCGGUUAAUGCGCUGCAGUCCAUUUGCGGCCAGCUGGGCCCUCUCUGCAGCACGCUGGUUCCGCUAGCCGAGAGCUUGCAGGACGAGUCUCCGCCUAAUUCGCAAGAUUGCGUGGCAGACACCCAGUUCGAGGAUCAGGAUGGGCCGUCCACUUCCGCAUCCUUGUUCUCUACCUCCACCUCGGGUGGGGCCAGUGACAUGGCACCGGAGCCGCGGACCCGGUUGCAAAAGGCACGCUCCAACACUCCCAGCCAGCAAUCGGUGGCCUCAGGGUCUCCGGCGCCUGGCCCCCUCAGUGGGGCGGCCCAGUCUGUUCCAGGUCAGCAGGGGACCCAGCCCGCGGCAGCUGUGGCGCAGCAAGGGGCGCGGGCGCGCGAUUCGACCACGGACGACAAGGCGGCAGGGCGCGCAGCGGGCGGAGACACGGAGUCGCGGGGUGAAGAAGAUCGACGCCAGGGAGGAAAGGCGAAGAAGAAGUCUGAGAAAUGUAAGAGGAGCAGAAGGGACGACUCGGACGACGACACAGUUAUCCAUGUGGCCCUAUUUAUUUGGGAUGAUAAUUGUGCCAUCACUCAUCCAAAUGGCAGUCUUGCCUUUUCUUCCGGAAAGUCCCCGCUUUUUGCUGCUUGAAAGACACGACACAAAAGCAGCAGAAAAAGCGUUUCAGACCUUUCUUGGCAAAUCUGAUGUGUCCUAUGAAGUGGAAGACGUUUUGGAGGAGAGUCGAGUUCAGAGAAACACGCAGAUAGCAUCGAUCUUCCAGCUUUUGUGUGACAGCAGUAAGCGAUGGCAGAUCCUCACCAUAAUUGUAACCAUGGCCUGCUACCAACUCUGCGGUCUUAAUGCUAUUUGGUUCUACACAAAUGACAUUUUCAAGGGAGCCGGACUAAAUCCUGAAAUAAUCCCAUAUGUUACUUUAAGCACAGGAGGGAUUGAGAUUUUGGCUGCCAUUUUCUCCGGCUUAGUGAUAGAACGACUCGGACGCAGACCUCUUCUGAUCGGGGGGUUUGGCUUGAUGGUCCUCUUCUUUGUAAUACUCACUGUGUGUAUGACUUUACAGGAUCAAGCAGUCUGGCUUCGAUACCUCAGUAUAGUCUGCAUUCUUGCAAUAAUUGCAUCGUUUUGUAUUGGACCAGGCGGAAUCCCAUUUGUCCUUACGGGAGAGUUCUUCGCUCAGUCUCAAAGGCCCGCUGCAUUCAUGAUUGCUGGGAUAACAAAUUGGCUCUGUAACUUUGCCGUUGGACUUCUUUUCCCUUACAUUCAGGAAGGCUUGCAGACAUACUGUUUCCUGGUGUUUGCUGUCGUCUGUCUCGCUGGUGCCACUUUCCUUUUCUUUGUUCUGCCUGAAACGAAAAACAAGACUCUUGCUGAAAUCAACCAGGCCUUUGCCAGGAAGAAGGUGCCUUUAGAAAUCCGUGAAAUGGACUCGUUUGAAGCCAAGAGCAAAUCAAUGCAAGAACAAGACCACGAACACAACCUGUCUUCUACACUGGAAAAUGGAGAAUCCAAAAACAGGAUAGUCUAAAAUUAUGUUUAAUAGGAAUAUUUUUUUUUUGCAUCUUAUGUACUGUAUUAAUAACCACAAUCAUUCCUUCAGCCUAGACAUUUUUUUUAAUCUCAGUGUGGUCAUAACCAGGGUUGAUCUGUGGCACAGGAGAUGGCAAAGUAUAAUUCAAAAUUAACAGAAGCAAAUAAUGUAGAGGAGAAUUGCUCAAGGAAGUGAAACUGGUCAUUGAUUCAUUUAAAUGUACAGUCAUACCUCAAGUUACAGGUAGGUAGCUGUGUUGGUCUGAGUCAAAGCAAAAUAAAAAAAAUUCCUUCGGUAGCACCUUAAAGACCAACUAAGUUUUUAUUUUGGUAUGAGCU